UAGGAUUUUUGUGUGACGUCAUGGCUUUCUGUAUAAAUUUGAAAAAAAUUUCGAAUUGGCCAUCUGUGUUAACACAGGCGAUUGGUAACGCUUUAUUAUAGGUCCCGGGAGAAAUGUUAUCGGCUUGGCGGCUGUUCUGCCACUAUCUCUGUGAUUUAAAUCGCGUUGUCGGAUAGUGCAGUAGUUGCAUCUCUGCGUUCUAAGCUUAAUAGGUUUACAAAUGAACGUAUAGGAUUCGCAAAUCGGAUAUUUAAUAGUUACAGACCUUGAGUGCGCCCACACACGAUCCCCGUUCAACGUCCUCCUCCGAAAAGAGGAGGCAAAAAAGCUCUCAAGACCUGUUACUUCCGCCGCCAUCCUCGACCGAAAGUGAGGGUGCGGAGCAAUGACGUCAUUAGCAGAGAUGGCUGACAGGCGCGAAGGACUUGCUGAGGGUACAUAUAUCGGUAUGGUUAUGUUUAUGAUCACGUGGAUGAAAGAUUGUUACGAUGGGGCCUUGGCCGCCGUCCACUGAACGGAAAUCGUGCGUUUGUACCUUGCAAUGCACAAUAAGACGAAACAGAAGGAGGGAGAGAGAACAGCUGAUGAUGGCGUCUUGUGGUGACCCCGGCAUCAAAUGUCAACUGUAUUGGCGAUGGUGGCUGAUGGGGAUACUUGCUCUCUGUGCUCGGGAAUUAGAUGCCAGUAACUUUACCAUCCAGGAGCUGUUGAAUAACAAGUAUCCUCAUCUAGUUAGUGCAGAUAUAUAUUUGGAUCCUUGCAAGUCAGAAGGCUUUGUGGGUGAUAUUGCUCUAGGAAGACCGGAGGAUGAGAAAUAUGAAUGGGAACUCAGGCAUCAAAACAAUUUGGAUAAACACAACCAUACCGAUGAAAAGAAAAGGCCUGAAAGAGCAGCAACGGCUCGACCCGAAAGAUUAUGGGAACAUGCAGUUAUACCUUAUGAAAUCGAGUCUAAUUUUAGUGGAGAACACCGAGCUCUAUUCAAACAAGCUAUGAGACAUUGGGAAAAUUAUACUUGCGUCAAGUUUGUGGAAAAAGGACCAGAACAUCUCGAAUACAUUAUCUUCACAGAGAGAUCUUGCGGAUGUUGCUCUUUCGUUGGCAAGAGAGGGGGAGGCUCGCAGGCAAUAUCAAUAGGUAAAAAUUGCGAUAAAUUUGGCAUCGUGGUUCAUGAAUUAGGUCACGUGGUAGGAUUUUGGCACGAGCACACCAGACCAGAUCGAGACAAUCACGUUCAAAUCAUCACAAAAAACAUUAUGAUUGGCCAGGAGUAUAACUUUAACAAGUUGACGGAAGAGGAAGUAAAUUCAUUAGGUUUACCUUACGAUUAUGCCAGUAUUAUGCACUACGCGAGGAACACUUUUUCUAAGAGCACUUACUUAGACACCAUAUUGCCUCAAGAAGAACCUCAUACCAAAAAACUGCCCGAAAUUGGCCAGAGAAUACGAUUGAGUCAAGGAGACAUCGCGCAGACUAACUUAUUAUAUAAAUGCCCGAAAUGCGGUCGGACCAUCCAAACACCGAAAGGGAUUAUUUCUUCUCCUCAAAAUCCUCCCUCAGACGAAGGCGUGCAUUGCGAAUGGAGAAUUACAGCUACACACGGUGAAAGAAUAGUCUUUAACAUCACGGAUUUGGACAUCUUUGAAACUCCCAAAUGUGAUACAGACUAUUUAGAGAUUAGAGACGGAUAUUGGGUAAAGUCUCCUAUGUUGGGACGAUUGUGUGGAAGUAACACCAUCCAAUCCUUCAUAUCAACUUCUCAUCGUUUAUUAGUUACAUACAAAACCUCUUCUAGGCAAGGUAACCACAGAGGAUUCUCUGCUAAUUACGAAGCUGUGUGUGGCGGUGACGUGGUUAUGGAAGAGGGUAUCCUGCAGAGUCCCAAUUUUCCAGAAGAUUAUCGCCCAAAUAAAGAAUGUCUCUGGCGUAUUACUGUGCCCGAUAAUUAUCAAGUAGCUCUGCAGUUUCAGUCAUUCGAAGUUGAGAACCACGAUAACUGCGUCUACGAUUACUUGGAAGUGCGCGAUGGUCACGACAUUACCAGCAAGCUUUUAGGGAAAUAUUGUGGUUAUAAAGUACCCGAUGAGAUAGUCUCGUCGGGAAAUAAAAUGUCUGUGAAAUUCGUUUCGGAUGGUUCGGUUCCAAAAGCCGGUUUCUCUGCAAAGUUUAUGAAAGAGUUGGACGAAUGCAAAAAUACAGAGCACGGCUGCGAUCACGAAUGCGUUAAUACAUUAGGAGGCUAUAGAUGCGAAUGUCAUAUAGGUUACGAAUUACAUUCCGACGGACGAAAAUGUGAAGAUGCGUGUGGAGGCAUUAUCGAUGAUAUCAACGGCACUAUUGUAAGCCCGUCGUUUCCCGAUGUCUACCCACCUAAUAAGCAUUGCGUUUGGGAAAUCAUGGCAUUACCUAAAUACAGAAUCACUCUAAAUUUCACUCAUUUCGACUUAGAAGGAAAUAAUCAAGACUGCGAGUAUGACAGCUUACAGAUUAGAAGUAAAUUGGGAGAAAAUGAAGUUCGAAAGCAUGGAGUGUUUUGUGGAUCACAUCUUCCUCCUACUAUUACUUCCGAAGGGAAUAACUUGCGAAUAGAAUUUAAUUCAGACAACUCUGUGCAGAAAAGUGGUUUUGCAGCCAUUUUUUCCACCGAUCGUGAUGAAUGUGUAACGAGGAACGGGGGAUGUCAACAUAUCUGCAAAAACACGUUAGGUAGCUAUAUCUGUGCUUGUCAUAAUGGUUACGUUCUGCACGAUAACAAACACGAUUGUAAAGAGGGAAGCUGUACUCAUCAGAUAAACAGUCCUAUAGGAGAAAUUAGUAGUCCGAACUAUCCCGAUUUUUAUCCCAGCAAGAAAGAGUGUGCUUGGCUAUUCACGGCUACACCCGGACAUAGAAUUAAAAUAAUAUUUGACGAAUUCGAACUGGAGCCGCAUCAGGAAUGUGCUUACGAUCACAUUGUAGUUUACGAUGGAGAUAGCAACGAAGCUCCGACUUUAGGCAGAUUUUGUGGUAGUAAAGUACCUCACCCUGUCCUCGCCUCGUCUAAUAGGAUGUAUAUGAUGUUUAAAUCUGAUGCUUCUGUACAGAGAAGAGGUUUUAAAGCGACGCACAAAACAGUUUGUGGCGGGAGAUUGAUUGCACACACAAGCGUGGAGCAUCUAUAUUCUCACGCGAAGUACGGAGAUCAGAAUUACGAUAACAAAGAAGACUGCGAUUGGUUUAUAAUAGCGAAAGACAACGGUAGAGUACGUCUCUCGUUCCUCACAUUCGAAGUGGAGCACGAACAGGAUUGUGGUUACGAUUUUGUAGAUGUUUAUGAUGGACGUGAUGAUUCGUCUCACUUGUUAGGAAAGUUCUGCGGUAAUAAAGUCCCACCGGAGAUGAUAUCGACAGGCGAUUCUAUACUUUUGAGGUUUCGUUCCGACGAUACCAUCAACAUGAAAGGGUUCUCGGUAGCUUACGCCGAAAUAGAAUCGUACGAGGACGACGACGACGAUUUUGCGGAUUGAAAUUUGCCAAAAUAAAUAAAUGAAUAAAUAAAUAACUGUACAGCAUUUGAUAAAGACAUAUUUUUACCACAGUAAUCAGAUUUAACUUUUGUUUUAUUUGUUGUCAAAUACCCGCAUUAUCAUCACCGAGGAAGUAGGUGUAAGAACUUACCCAUAACGGGUCCAUACUUAUUAAAAAAAAAAAACAAAAAAAAGAGAAAAACGAAACAAAAAAAAUUAACAUGAAUACCCAAUCGCCUUUAUUCUUCGAAUUCUUCAAGCCGUAGGUGAAACUGUCAACAAUCAUCUAGUCAUUCAAACCCAUCAAUCGUCUUUCCUCUCAUUCUUUCAUUUUACUUCCGGGCGACGUUAUGUCCAGUGGUGUGUGCUGGGUUUUGAUACAUUGGAUGUAAAUUAUUUGUAAGAUGAUUUGAAAAUAAAAGAUUUUUCAUAUAUUGAA